AUGGCUGACUGUCGUUCUCUGCGCUCUAUGGAAACCGAUGGUUUCCAAGUGGUCACCGAAGUGGUGACCCAUAAACUUAACCAUAUUCCCAUAUUCAAGGGAGACUUUGCCUCUCUUCCCCCCAAAGUUCAACGUUUUGUCGCUGAAAAAGCCGAGCUCAUGAAUCCAGCUGGAAUCUACAUUUGUGAUGGAUCCCAAAAGGAAUACGAUGAUAUCGUUGAUAAGCUUGUCGAGCGUGGUGUUCUUACUCCAUUGAAGGCUUAUGAGAAUAACUAUCUCUGCCGCACUGACCCACGCGACGUCGCUCGUGUCGAAUCGAAGACAUGGAUGGUGACCAAGGACAAGUACGACUCGGUCUGCCACACUCCAGAAGGCGUCCGUCCAAUUAUGGGACAAUGGAUGAGCGAGGAGCAGUUCGGAGUCGAGCUUGACGCUCGUUUCCCAGGCUGCAUGGCUGGACGUCCAAUGUACGUUGUACCGUACUCCAUGGGACCAGGAGGACCACUUUCCAAAAUUGGAAUUGAGUUAACUGAUUCGUCGUACGUCGUGCUUUGCAUGCGUACCAUGACUCGUAUGGGUCAGAAGGUUAUUGAUGCGUUGGGAGAUCAGGAUUUCGUUAGAUGCAUUCAUUCGGUGGGACUUCCACGUCCAGUUAAAGCGAAGGUCAUCAAUCACUGGCCUUGCAACCCAGAGAAGGUGAUGAUUGCUCAUCGUCCAAAGGAGCGUGAGAUCUGGUCGUUUGGAUCCGGAUACGGUGGAAAUUCGAUUUUGGGAAAGAAGUGCUUCGCGCUUCGUAUCGCUUGUAACAUUGGAAGAGAUGAGGGAUGGCUGGCUGAGCACAUGUUGAUCAUGGGUGUCACCAAUCCAGAAGGCCAAGAGAAAUUCAUCGCCGCCGCUUUCCCAUCCGCCUGCGGAAAAACCAACCUUGCCAUGCUCACCCCAACAAUUCCCGGCUGGAAAGUCCGAGUUGUGGGAGACGACAUCGCCUGGAUGAAGUUCGGAGAAGACGGACGUCUCUACGCCAUCAAUCCAGAAGCCGGAUUCUUCGGUGUCGCUCCAGGAACCUCUCAUAAGACCAAUGCAAUGGCCAUGGAAUCCUUCCAAAAGAACUCCAUCUUCACCAACGUCGCAGAAACCGCCGAUGGUGAAUAUUUCUGGGAGGGUCUUGAGAAGGAGUUGAAGGAGAGAAAGGGAUAUUCUGAGGAGCAAUUGAAGCAAUUGGAAAUUACCAAUUGGCUCGGAGAUCGUUGGCACAUUGGAGACGAAGGAAAGGCUGCUCAUCCAAACUCCAGAUUCACUGCUCCAGCCGCUCAGUGCCCAACGAUUCAUCCAGAUUGGGAAGCUCCACAAGGAGUCCCAAUCGAUGCUAUUGUGUUCGGAGGACGUCGUCCAGAGGGUGUCCCAUUGGUAUUCGAAUCCUUCUCUUGGGAGCAUGGAAUCCUUGUGGGAGCUUUGGUAAAAUCUGAGACCACCGCUGCCGCAGAAUUCACUGGAAAGAAUGUGAUGCAUGAUCCAAUGGCAAUGCGACCAUUCAUGGGAUACAACUAUGGAAAGUACUUGGAGCAUUGGAUUAAGCUCGGAAAGGCUCCAAACAAGGCUCCAAAGAUCUUCCACGUCAACUGGUUCCGUGAGACCAAGGAUCAUAAGUUCUUGUGGCCUGGAUUUGGAGAUAACAUCCGUGUAUUGGAUUGGAUCCUUAGACGAGUGUCCGGAGAUGAAGAUAUUGCGCUCGAAACCGCCAUCGGAUACGUUCCAAAGCGCGGUACCAUCAACUUGGACGGUCUACCACGUAUCGAUUGGAAUGAGCUUAUGUCGAUCCCAAAACCGUACUGGGAGGAGGACAUCGACGAGAGCCGACACUUCCUCGACUCCCAAGUCGGCUCCGAUCUUCCACAACCGAUUCGUGAUGAGCUGGAUAAGCUCGAGAAGCGAAUUCACUCUCUUUAA